AUGUCUAGCAAAUUGAAGAUUUUGGUUCCAGUCAAAAGAGUCAUUGACUUUGCUAUCAAGCCAAGAAUCAACAAGGCUGGUACCGGUGUGGAGACUAAGGGUGUCAAGUUCAGUAUAAACCCAUUUUGUGAUAUUGCCUUGGAGGAGUCUUUAAAGCUCAGAGAAGCCAACAAGGGAUUGGUUGAGAAAAUUCAUGCUGUUUCAAUUGGACCAACUAAAUCUCAAGAUAUCUUGAGAACUGCUCUUGCAAAGGGUGCCGACUCUACGACAUUGAUUGACGUGGGAGAGACUGAGGUUGAGCCAUUGAAUGUUGCCAAGUUAUUGCAGAAGGUGGUUGAAAAGGAGGGUUCCAACUUGGUAAUUUUGGGCAAGCAGUCUAUUGACGACGACUCUAACCAGACCGGACAAAUUUUGGCAGGAUUGUUGAACUGGCCACAAGCCACUAAUGCCUCGAAGGUUGAAAUUGAUGGGGACAAGGUUAGUGUCACCAGAGAGGUAGAUGGUGGAGCCGACACCUUGCGUGCCACCUUGCCAAUGAUCAUAACCACGGACUUGAGAUUGAACGAGCCACGAUACGCAUCGUUACCUAACAUCAUGAAGGCCAAGAAGAAGCCUUUGGAGAAGUUGAAGGCAUCUGACUUGGGAGUCGAAAUCUCCAAUAGAUUGGAGACAAUCAAGGUUGAGGAGCCACCAGCACGUGCUGCCGGUAUCAAGGUGGAGUCUGUGGAUGAGUUGAUUUCGAAGUUAAAGGAUGCCAAGGCCAUCUAG